AUGUGGAAGGGGUUUCAGGGCCUGCAAGCGGUCGUGAAGGAAGGUUUGCAGGAGCUGGGCCGCGAUGCGCUCCGCGAGACAGGCAUGAUCAAGGAAGCCGUUGCGCCUCGGCUAGCCGGGUCGGGCAUCUUGGGAUUGGUUGGUGUGCAGUCGGGAGACGAGCGAGAAGGAGAGGGACGAGAGGAAGAGGAGGAGGAGGACGGAUGGGGUCUGGAGGACGACGAGGAAGAAGUGAAGGUUGACGAGCGAGUCGCGUCAGGAGAAUCCGAAGGGCCAAUUCCCUUGUCGUCGCAUCCCUCCGCCUCCGCGCUGGAGCCCUCGCCUGACAUAGAGCCACGUGGGGAAUCCUCGGACCACCCAGGCUUGGCUGUCGCCCCCAACACGAGCCUUUCCUCGCCGUCGCCUCGCGAGGACGACCUUCCCGUUACCGCGUCGUCUCAUAGCGAGGAUAGCGGUAGCGGUGGUGCGGUUCCCGCUGCGCUGCCAGAGUCCAGCGGGCUCAUGUCGUUUCUGGAGCCCGCGCACGAAACGGACGCGCAGAUGUUGCAGCCGCGCGCGGCGGAAGAGCGACCGGACACGCCCGUCGGUGAGAGGGAUGACGUGGCAGGUGAAGAGAGACGGGGUGGCGAUGCGGCCAGGGGAACGGAAUCAGGAACACCCGCUUCCAUUGAAGCUGGGAAACAGAGAUCAGAAUUGCCGGUGGAGGGUCGAGACGCGGGUGAGGCGGCCGCAGGGUGGGAACGGGUGGCUCCUGCGGAUGGGCAGGCGGAGAGCGCGGGUGGGGAGGGACUGGGUGGAGACGAGGGUUCUCCAGAGAUUGGGUUAGCGCGCGGGGAUGAUGGCCCUGGGGAGGCGGGAGGGCACGCGCAGGUGGCGGCAGGCGGAACCGCGGACGGGGAAAGCGGGGAUCGCCCGGCGGCGAGUGCUGCUGGGGUUGCCAGCGAGGAGGUGGGAAAAGGGGGAAGCGAGGAGGAGGAGGAGGAUCGGAAGAGCAGCGGGCGGGAGGUGGCGUCGCUGCGGCGACAGUUGGCGCAGCAGCGGGAGGUGAGCGCUGUUAGGGAGACGGCGCUCGUGGAGGAGCUGACGUGGAUGAAGGGCGAGCUGACGCGGCUGCAGGCGGCAGCGCGGGAGGCGGAGAAGGGGAAGGAGGAAGCGGAGAGGCGGAGAGAGGAGGAGGAGCGGAGGCGAGACGAGGAGGCGCAGAAGCUGAGCGCGGAGAGCGGCGCGCGGGAGAAAGCGCGGCGGAAGGCGGAGGGGGAGGUGGAGCGGCUGCAGGUGCUGUGCGCGCAGCUGCAGGCGUCGCUGGCGGAGGCGGCGGAGGGGCGCGAGGCGGACGCGAAGGCGCGCGAGCAGAUGGCGCGGAGGGUGGAGCGGAUGGAGGACGAGCUGGAGGCGGAGCGCGUGAAGGCGCGCAGCCUGCAGGCGGAGAUGGCGGACGUUGAGGCGGGCGCGGACGAGGAGAUGGGGGAGCUGGAGGAGCGCGUGGGCGCGCUGGAGGCGCGCGUGGCUGAGCUGGAGGCGGAGAAGAAGGGCAUGGCGCGCGCGGCGGAGGAGGAGAGGCGCGAGUGGCGAAGGAAGGUGGAGGCCGCGGAGGCCAUGUCGAGCGCUGCUGCUGCCGUGCAUAAGAAGGACCUAGAGGCGGUGGAGAGGAAGCGGGAUGCGGCGCAGCAGCAGGUGCAGAAGCUGCGAGAAGAGGUGGCAGGAGCAAACAAGGCGCUGGCGGAGGCGAGGGAGGCGGUGAGAGUGAGUGAGGCGGAGAGGGCGGAGCUUGAAGAGGUGGCGGGGGAGAGAGAGGCCAGCAUGGAGGCUGCUCGCACCCAGCUCACUCACCUGCAGGCCGAGUUGGAGGUGGCGCGGAGGGAGGCAGCGGAGGGCGGGGUGAAGGUGGCAGAGGCGAUGGCGGAGGUGUACGCAGCGAGGAAGGAGGCGCGUGCGCGGGGCAUGCAGGCCGAGGAGACCCACCAGCUCGAGGUCAAGCUCUCUGCCGCCACCGCUGCUGCUGCCAGCGCAGCGGCAGAGGCGGAGGAGCUGAAGGGGAAGGUGGCGGCGGGGGAGCGGGAGGUUAAGGAGGUGCAGCGUGGGCUUGCUGCUGUGGAGGCUGAGCUGGCGCUGGCCAAUCAGAGAGUGGCGGAGGCGGAGCAGCAGGCCGAGGAGGCCAAGAGGCAGCGUGCGCAGGCGGAGGGCACGAGUGAGCAGCUCAGGGAGGAGACGGAGCGCCGUGCCAAGUUAUUCAACGCCGCUGUCAAGGCUGCUGUCAGCAGGAUACAGUCGGAGUUGGAGGAGGAGCGGGACGAGGCGUUGCAGCAGGUGCAGCAGCAGGGGGAGGCGAUGGAGCAGAUGAGACAAGACAUGCGAGCUCUGGAGGUGCGGCUGGUGGAGGUGGAGGGGGAGCGGGCGGCACUGGAGAAGAGGGGGGAGGAGGCGGAGGGAAGGGAGGUGCAUCAGCGGGUGGUGGUGGAGCGACUGAGGAGGGAGGUGGAGGAGGGGGAGGGGCGCGUGAGAGCAGCAAUGGCGGAGGCAGAGGGGGAGAGGCAGGCUGGCAAGCAGCUGCAAGGCAAGCUGGCAGAGACGGAGGCGAGGAGGGCAGAGGCAGAGGCGGCGGUGGCGGCGAGAGAUAAGGAGGUGGAGGCAUUGCGGCAGCAGGUGGCAGACAUGCAGCGCGACAGCACUUCGCUCAAGGUGGCAGCGCUAGAGGCGUCCAACAGGGCAGGGGAGGAGGAGCGGCGGCUGCAGAGGAGAAUCAGCGAGUUGGAACAGCAGGUGGCCUCCGCUGCUGCCCGCGCUUCCAAGGCAGAGGAAGCUUCUGAGAAGGAAGGAACCAGGAGAGGGAGCGGUGAUGGUGCGGGGAGCAGUGGGAGCAGCACAGCAGUGGCGUCAUCCGCCAAGGCGCGGGCUGCUGGGGGUGGCGGUGGGGUUGGGGGGGCAGGGUGGAGCAACCCACUGGAGGGGUUGGGGCUGGAGACGGUGCGGUGGAAGGAUAAGCUCAAGGCGGAGAGUGAGGGCGACGUGGAGGUCGGGUCAUCAUCCGCCGACAGAUUACGGAAGUCUCGCCUCGCGCAUUCGAGCCAGAAUCUGCCUGCCACGUCAGCAGGCACACUGGCCUCACUGGUUGGCUCGGCCCGCCGCCUCUUCUUUGAGGAUGAUCGUCUUUCUGCUGCGCCUGGGAGAGUGUCUCGCCGCACCUUCCUUCUAAUUGCUUAUGUCUUUCUCCUCCACCUCAUGCGCGAGAGGCAGACCUCCACAGCAGCCAUGGCGGACCCCCCAUCUCACUCCGGGCGACCGCCUCGCACGCCGCGGACCCCGACGCUGCGCAGCAUACCGACGUUGCGACGCGGGAUGAGCAAGCGAGACUGGGAGCUGGAGCACGACGAUAAGGAGAGACGGCGGCGCGAGCGGAAGGAGCAGAAGCUGGAGCGGAAGCUGCACGACCUGGAAUCGGAGGAUGACGCGGAGCGCAGCGAGGAUGAACCCGGUCACCACCACCGCCGCAUGCGGCCCAAAGUGCCGAUGCUGAAAAAGUUCAAACAGACGAUGAAGAAGAAGAAGUACCAGAAACUUCUGGAGAAGCUGCAGGAGAUUCAGGACGAGCGGACGGAGGAUGAGUUGGCGAAGGUGGGCGAGCUGCGGAAGAUUCUGGCGGAGAAGAACCUGCUGCCGCCCAGAUUCAACGAGCACCACAUGCUCCUCAGGUUUCUGAAGGCGCGCAAGUUCGACAUGGAGAAGACGACGGAGAUGUGGGCCGCCAUGCUCAAAUGGCGCGACGAGUUCGGCGUCGAUGAAUGCCUCAAGUUCGAGUUCCCGGAGCUGGCGGAGGUGAAGCGCGUGUACCCGCACGGGCACCACGGCGUGGACCGCGAGGGCCGCCCCAUCUACAUCGAACUCAUUGGGCGCGUCGACGCCACCAAGGUGCAAGCUCACAGGGGAGAGAGGGGGGAUGAAGGAGCGGCUGUUAGCAGGGAUGGAGAGAGGGUGCUGGGCAUAACAACGAUGGAGCGGUUCCUAAAGUACCACGUGAAGGAGUUUGAGCGCACCUUCGCCCUCAAGUUCCCCGCCUGCUCCCUCGCUGCCAAGCGCCACAUCGACCAGACCACCUCCAUCCUUGACGUCGCUGAAAUGGGUAUGAAAAACUUCUCAGCAGAUGCCAGGAACUUUCUGGCAAUGGUGUCGAAAGUAGAUGGCGAUAACUACCCCGAGACGCUGAACCGGCUGUUUGUGGUGAAUGCGGGGUUUGCCUUCCGGUCGCUGUGGUCGGGCAUCAAGGGCAUGCUCGACCCUAAAACCGCCUCCAAGAUCCAGGUGCUGGGCACGGACUACAAGAAGAAGCUAUUUGAAGCCAUCGACCCCAGUCAGCUGCCGGAGUUCUUUGGUGGCACGUGCACGUGUGAGGGUGUGGAGGGCGGGUGUCUGAUGUCGGACAAGGGGCCAUGGCGCGACGGGGACAUCCUCAGAGUCGUGCGGCUGCAGCGCACGGGCACCAUCAGCGGGGGCGACAACACCGAGGACGUGCUGCGAGGGGGGCGCAUCCGCUGGCAGUCGGGCCAGUUCAAGCUGGAUGCGGAGGACAUAGGCGACACGGGCAGCGAGGUGUCGGACCUGGACGACCUGGGCACGCCGUCCUUCAGCGGGCUCACCACGCCCAACUUUGACCUGGGUCAACAUGAUCUGCACAACCUCGACCUCGUUCGUAACACACCCCCUUUGCCCUCAUGCUCCUCCGCACACCCAUCGUCCAUCAUGUCAAAGAGGGUUGUGGGUUUGCAUGUGCAACACGACCCCCAGCGUCUGAACUCGCUCAACUCGAGUCGUUACUUCAACGACCCCACCACCACCACGCCCUCCUCCGCCGCCUCCGCCGCGCGCCGCUCCGCCAGCAUGCAGCGCCGUGCGCCCGCGUCCACGCACCGCGCUGCAGGGCCGUCCGUCUCAGGCUCCGCCACGUCCAGUGACGACGAGCGCGAGGUGUCGCGCACGGGGUCCGUGGCAUCAGAUGACCGCAGCGGCGAGCUCAGCUCCACAGGCAUGAGUGCAGGCGCGGGUAAACGGCUGAGUGUGGGCGUGGGGGAGGUGACAUCUGGGGCAGGGAGCGCCAGUGGGCGGGCCAGUGGCACGCCGGGAUCAGCAGUGUCGGCAUUGAGAGCGGGCGGCAGGGGGAAGCAGGUCUCGACCCCGCCAUCCAGAAAUUACGGCACAUCAGCAUCAGCAUCAGGCGGGGCAGCGCUAGCAGGCGUGCCCAUGAUGGCGCCCUCCUCCUCCUCGGCGCCCGACUCACUGGCAGCAGCCACGGGGCUCGUCUCGCUGCUCAUGUCCUUCUUCUCAGCUGUCGCCAACCUGCCGCUCCUCUUCUCCCGCAUCGUCAUCACCGUCACGCCGCCCGCCCACCGCCUGGAGGGCGGCGGCGGGGCGGCAGGGGGGGCGAUGACGCCGCCCGGGGCGCAGGCGAUGCUGACACCGGAGCAGCUGCUGCGGCGCGUGCAGGAGCUCGAGAGCCAGGUGCAGCGUCUGCUCGUGCAGAGGGGCGGGGCUGCGGGGGCUGAGCCUGAGAGAGCCGUGGGGCAGCCGGGCGCGAGCCAGGUGGAGAAGCUGGCAUCGGGUCCGUCCACGCCCGCCCUGGCCCCGCGCCCAGAGCCCCCCCCGUCGGACUGGCCGCAGCCGGCAGUGGAGCGCGUCACAGCCCUGGAGUCAGAACUCGCCACCACCAAGAAGAUGCUGAAGGAGCUACUGGACAGCCAGGAGCAGCUGAGAGUGCUCAUUGAACAGCUGCAACUACGCAAGCAACGGAGAUUCGGCGGGUGUUUUGUCGCAUUGGCGACGAUCGUUCUUGUCGCCAGCCAUGCCGCCGUCGCACACGCCCAGUGGGGAUGGGCGCAGGGCGCGGGGGAGACGCAGCUGCGCGCGGAGUACGAGAGUCAGCUUUUCGACGGCGUGGUGACGGUGCUGGUCACCACCGACGAGGUCAAGCUGCUGGUGCCAACACCGGACGAGCUGAGGAAGCCCAACCCCACCUUCGACUACGCGCCCUACCGCGAGCGCUUCCCCCUGCCACAGGGCUCAGCGCGCUUCACAGCCAUCAACCACGUGGACGUCUUCUACGACCCGCUGGGCUGCCUGCCGCUGGGCGACCUUGCCGCCACGCCCCUCGCCGCCUCCACCGCUCUGCAACGCAUCCCACCGGGGCUGCAGCACAUCUGCCACUCGUGCCUCUUCUUCUUCACAUUCUCCUUCCUCACUCCGCGCGAUGCCGACGCCGUGGGAGCGGGGUGCCAGCGCAUGUCGGACAAGUACAGUGUGUGCGCGCCCGACAGCAUCCCUGUCGCGUUUGGAGCGGCGCCGGCGGGUAUUCCCGAGGUGCAGAGGGCGUCGGGGUUUCUCUUUCCCGACUCGGAGCUCGCCGAGGAAGACACCUCCUCCAAGCUGCGCGAGCCCUCCCGCUCCCUCGCCCAGAUAGCGCUACCGGGGGUGGGGGCGUUGGUGACGUUCAACACGACGCCGCAGUGGGACGACGCGCUGCAGGUGUGGCAGCCCAAGUACUACCUCGCCACCAACGCCUCCAAGGUGGUGGGCGUGGGGCAGGCGGUGACGACAACACUAAUCAACGAGGCCUACGUGGCGUAUGACACCAAGCGCACCACCUACGACGCCUACACGCACGCCCUCGUCUCCCCCGCGUCAGCGAAUGCCACGUAUGGCGCGCUGGGCGUGGCGGGCGCCUUCCCCAAGGACCUCUCCUUUGCCCUCGCCUCGCCCCGCCAAGGCACCUUCCAAGUCGUCGCCUCUGGCUUCUCCCAGGUGACACCCAAGUCAGCGCCUCUCCAUGCAGCCGUCUCCCUCUCCCUACCUCUGGCAAUCAUAGCUGCUGCUCUUGCUCUUCUCCUCUGA